AUGUUAGAUGCAAUGGAGAUCAUCUUUAUGAUUGUGAUAGUUGGAGAGUUCAUAAUGGGAAUUUUGGGGAAUGGAUUCAUUGGACUGGUUAACUUUGUUGACUGGGUCAAAAAAAGGAAAAUCUACUUAGUUGAUAUCAUUCUCACCAGCCUAGCCACCUCCAGAAUUGGCCUGCUAUUUAUGAUACUUUUCAAUGGCUUUACAAUGACUCUCUAUCCAGAGAUAUUUGACUAUGAAAAUAUUAUGAGACUUAUAGAUGGCGUCUGGACAAUGACUAACCAUUUAAAUGUCUGGUUUGCUACCUGCCUUAGCAUAUUCUACUGUUUGAAGAUAGCAAAUUUCUCUCACCCCCUCUUUCUCUGGUUGAAAUGGAGAAUUAACAAAGUGAUUCUCAUAAUUCUACUGGCAUCCUUACUUAUAUCUGUGUUCUUUAGUUUUCUAAUAACAAAGAAUUAUAAUGAAAUUUUCAAGAGUUUCAUACUCAGGAAGAACAAGAGAAAUAAUACAAGUAGCUUCAUCUACUCUAAAAUGUUACUAAAUCUGGGUUCUCUCUUUCCUUUUACUGUGUCCCUGAUCUCAUUUUUCCUGUUAAUCCUCUCCCUGUGGAAACAUGUUCAGAAGAGAAAACUCAGUUCCUUGGAUGCCAGAGAUCCCAGCACAGAGAUCCAUUUGAGAGCCUUGAAAACUAUGAUCUCUUUUCUCAUCCUAUUUGUCAUUUACUGUUUGACUUUUUUUAUAGCAACAUCGAAUGACUUUUUUCCAGAGAGUGAACUAGUAAUGAUAUUUAUUCAGAUAAUUGCACCCAUCUAUCCCUUAGGCCACACAUUUAUCCUGAUUUGGGGGAAUAUAAAGCUGAAGCAGACAUCCCUGAAUGCACUGCACCAGAUGAAGCAUUGUCUCAAAGGAGACAUAUCCAUAGAGCAGACUAUGCAGAAAUAA